ACCGCAGACGGACAAGUUUUGAUGCGAGGAAGCAGCUUAGGGUGGGCUCAGGUUUCCUUUUUAGGUUCGCUAUAUUUAUCUCCGUGAUUUAAUGCCAGCGCCGGGGUUUAAAUGGCACCAAGCAGUUGGCGUGGAGAGACGGAGCAGCCGUCCCCGAGCCGCACGCACGUCCCCCCAUGGAGCUCUUCGAGACCAACCCUUACUUUUUCCCGGACCAGAGGUUUUACGACGGGGAAAACUUCUUGGGCUCCCGCCUGCAGGGCUAUGAGCCGGCGGCUUUCCCCGAGCGGCCCGAGGUGGCCCUGUGCCCCGAAAGCAGGGUGGCUUUGGAGGAGAAGGACUCGGCCCUGGCCGAGCACUGCCCCGGGCAAUGCCUGCCCUGGGCUUGCAAGAUCUGCAAGCGCAAGACGGUCUCCAUCGACCGGCGGCGGGCGGCCACGCUGCGGGAGAAGCGCCGCCUGAAGAAGGUGAACGAAGCCUUCGAGGCGCUGAAGCGCAGCACCCUGCUCAACCCCAACCAGCGGCUGCCCAAGGUGGAGAUCCUGCGCAGCGCCAUCCAGUACAUCGAGCGCCUGCAGAGCCUGCUCAGCACCCUCAACCAGCAGGAGCGGGAGCAGAGGGACCUGCGCUACCGCCCCGCCGGCCCCCAGCCCGCCGCGGCCAGCGAGUGCGGGUCCGGCAGCUCGUCCUGCAGCCCCGAGUGGAGCACCCAGCUGGAGUUCGGCACCAACCCUGCGGAUCACCUCCUGCCUGACGACGCGGCGGAGGAUCGCAACCUUCACUCGCUCUCCUCCAUCGUGGAGAGCAUCGCCGUAGAGGAUGUGGCCGUGACGUUCCAGGAGGAGCGGGUUCAAAACUGAGCCAGCACAAACCCCGGCGGCUCUCCGAGCUGGUAACGGGGCGGGAAUGAGAUGCUGGAAGGGUCCAGCCACUGGAAAUUGUAUUUAUCCCUCCGGCGCCGUGGACUACACCGCUGAAACCACUCGAUUCCUUUCCCAGCUCUUCGCCAAAAGCUCCCGCCAGCUGGAAAAAGAAAAGGGGGAGAGGUGGGGUUGCGGCAGCGCCGCAGCUCCCUGCUGGCAGCAGCCCCCGGUCCCCAUCACCAGCAUCGGGCACGGCUUUGUCCCCCCGGCCGGGGGCAUUCGUUCCUCGGGGGCCACUGCGUGUGCUGGGGUCGCUUGCUCAUUUUUUUCCAAGAUGCUCUUUGACCAACGUCUCUCUCCGGCUGGCACCUCGCGGGCUGCCCUCGCCGUCUUUUCUACUGAACGCUG